AUGGCUUUGAGCUCAAUCUGGUGCUUGGUCCUGCCCUUGGAACUCCUCUGGUGUGCGGCCGGCUCCUGCAUGGCUCACGGGGAUGACAAAGCUUUUCCUUUUGACAUUGAAGAGAGCUCAGCAGUUGGCAGACAAGACCCGCCUGAGACCAGUGAGCCCUGCGUGGCUCCCAGAAGGCUGCCGCCUACUGCAGACACCCUGAGCAGAGAAGGCACCAACUGGUGUGAAGGCAAGAUGGUGAUGGAGUAG